AUGGACUGCGGUUCAGUUUUUUUUCUUGAAAUCCAUCUUGAUUAUGCUCUCAUUGUAGCUUUCCAGACUUAUCAUACUUGUGAUUUGUGCAGUUUGGCUGUCGGAGACAAUGUCGUUUGGGCCCUUGACAGCUCAGGGCAGCUGUUGCGAUUACGCGGCUUAGCGGCUGGUAACCCUGCAGGGAACUACUGGCGACCUAUUUCUCAAGCAGUUUUCAGGUAA